GUGAAUGACUGGGAAAGUUUACCUUGGAAGGCAACUCAAUUUAACAGAAGAAUUACUGUCCUGACGUACUCUGGUCAAGAACUGCCAAACCUGGCUCUCUUGAAGCUAACAGUACCCUGGGAGGAAAGGAUUGAGAAGGCGCAUGAGCACGAGAGAGGAAGCCAACAGAGAGGAUUGGGAGCCUGGAACCUCCCGGUGGAAGUUGGUUGCAGGGGCUUGCCAGGGCAGUCACUCUGAGAUCAUUGAUAAACCACAGGGUCAGAGGGCCAGUCUGCAAGAAAUUGGUCAGGGACAUCACCAAGCGGACAGAGACCAGAUGACUAAGAAGAAUGGCAGAACAAGGCGGGCAGAGGAGAGGGAGGGCAGAACUAAGUGAACAUUCCCCCAGAGCAGAGAGGUUUGACCAUCUUAACUACAAGCAGGACAAAAAGAUUGGGUACAAUGGAAGUGAAGGUGUCUGUGGACGGUAUCCCACGCGUGGUCUGUGGAGUUACAGAGGAAACAACAUGCCAAGAAGUGGUCAUAGCUUUGGCCCAAGCCCUGGGUCAAUCUGGACGCUACACACUACGAGAGAAAUUCAAAGACUUUGAGCGGUGCAUGACGCCCAACGAACGCCUUCUGGAGACACUUGAGAAGUACGGUGAGCAGGCCAGAGAGGUCCAACUCACACUGCUCCACAACGGACCCUCAGUGUGGGACGAAAUGAGUAGGACAAAGGUUGGUAGAUACCAGCCCUGCCCGCCAUUGAGAAGAAAAGACCCAGGCACCAGAAUGCGGCGGGGCAGCGGUUCACUAAGUUUGCAUCGUCAAAGCCUGCCACCGUUGUCCGGUUCUAGACAAGAGACUGAGCAGCAAAAAGAGGACCUGAAAAGGCCUAAAAGAAAGUCUCUGACACUCAUGGAAGAGGCCUUGGAAUGGCUGGAGAGUCUGGGUAAAGGCAAGGUCUAUAGUACUGCCUGUGAUAAGGAAAGCAGUAAGAGGACUGAUAAAAGGAAUUGCACCUCUUUGGAUUUUUCUCUCGCUGUUGACAAAGAUUACUCAGGUCGAACUAGCAGGAGCAAAGUCAGAGGACAGAAAAGUUUAAAGUCAAACUUGGAUAGUCAAACAUCCUGCUGCAUGGGAAGUCAGACGAAGGGCAAAGAAAGCAAACACUCCAGGAAAACUCAACAGGCAAAAUCUGAUGGCCUGUUCAGCUCGAGCUGUGCUGCAAAUGAAGAUGAGAAAAACUGUCUAAGAGAAACCAUUAUAUGUCAGCUCAGUUGUUUGCAAGAUUUACAAGUCCAAAUAGCACGCGUAGACAAACAGAUUUUUGAGCUUGAGGAAAAACAGAGGGCCAAAAAAGAUGAGGAGGAAGCCAAGGAGAGAAUGGCUGAAGAGGAGAUGGAGCAGAUCAAGUUUUGGGAGAACGAAUUAAAGGCAGAAGAAGGUUACGAGACGGAUUUGCAGCAUCAGUUCCUUGAGAUGAGGGCGAAGGCCAUUGAGUGCAAGCACAAACUGGAGGAGUACAGGCACAAAAUGCAGGGACUUGAUUUCUUUGCCACUCAAAACGUUGCUCAAAAGGAGUCAGAGAUGGUUUCAAAGGUUGGUGCAAAUGCAACAACGGCCACUGGGAUUUCAGCUGUUUCAACCAAGGACCUAAAGCGACAAUCUGAUCCAGAUGGGGAUGUAAAUAUUAACAGGAAGUUCCUGCCCAGAGAAGACUUAAACCCUCCUUAUGCUCUAGUUCCUCCAAGUCAGAUAAAGGAGCGACGGCCCACAGGACCCACCGAGCUGAGGGAGUGGUGGACACGCUGGUCUGAAGCCCAAGGCUCUCAAUCACAGACUAAAAAGAAGGUGAUUCACCGCUCUGAGCUUACUAUAUAUCUGGGGAGCACCAAGGUUUAGAAUCAGAUUAAGUCAAUUAUUGAGUCAAUAAAUAUGAAUUUUUCAUUGUACAACAGUUGUAACAAUUGUAUUCCUUAAAAUGCAAGACACUAACUAACUAACACUAACUUGCAUUGAACGUUUAUAACCAAUACUUUGUGUCCUCAGUGUGUUGGGAUGUAGGAACUAGCACCCUGGUGCACCCACAUCGACAUUAGCACAGUCUUCCCUUGGUUUAUUUACUUAAGUGAGCCCUCUAGUGAUUAAAUGGGUUCAGAACCAAAAGUGAGCCCCGUCAAAGGAUCAGCUGAAGUCGAUAUAGCACAUUUUAAAUUAACAGACUAAGAAUUUAAUUUGAGCACCCAACCCUUGCCUUGGAAAUUAUGGAAUAUAUUGUACAUGAUGUAACCUUAAUGGAAGAGAGGGAAAGGAGAGCAUUUCUGCCUUUAUUUCAUAUAAAUUGGAAACUUCAUUUUGUCUAGCAGGCAGCUUUCUGUACAUUUUCGGGAUAAUGUCCAUAGGCACAAAAGCCUCUUUAGACUUAAUGACAUUGUGUCCUUCAUGAAGACUAAGCUGCCUCUGAGGACGUAAACAAAGAAUCAGCCUUAAAUAAAUGGACUGGAUGAUGCAUUUCGCUGUUCUCUGCAACACAAAUACUGCACUCCUGGAGAGAGCUGGUGCUCAUCUUAGAGGGGUGGCACUGGACUAAAAGCUCUGAAUUUAUCUUUGGUGAAUUUGUACAUGUUGUCAUCUGCUGAGAAGCCCUAGUUAAGAUUUAGCUGUGGAGCACUAAACAACGCAUAUGCACAUUGGUCUGUUUGUAACAACUGUUGGUCAUUUCCUGUGCUUGACUGAACACUGGUCUGCAUGAUACAUUCCACAGCUAGUUGAUGCUUUCAAGUUGUAUUCAGUCUUAAAUAAAGCAGACUUUCAAAAAUAAAAGACAAUUACACAACAGCUCAUGAUUUUCAUAAAACUUUAAUUCAAUUGUUUCAUUCAAGACCAUUAACAAAAGUACAUGAGAACCUCUGUACGUGGUUCAACUGAAACCCAGUGAUCUCCAAAGUUGAAAUUAAUUUGACUGUAACUUAAUGUGCAGAGGCACAAAGCUCACCCAGCAUGUCUCCAGAGCACAAUAACUGAUAUCCUGAUUCUUAGUUUUUUUUUUUUUUUUUCUUUUUGACUGAAUUUCUAAUACUUUACCUUUCUCCUUCUUUAAGUUAAAUUUGUUUCAUUAUAUCUGAAGUUUGAACUUUCACUAAGAAAAAAAGCACACA